AUGUCUUGCCUAAGCGCGUUGCACACGCAGAUAGGGACCUUGUUUUCCGUGCCCCACGAGAUUCUACUUCUGCGACACAAGGUUUUCCGUGAAUAUGCGAAAAUCGCAGUUGGGCCAGACUUUAUCCACACCCUGCCAUCCUUCCUAAUCCUAACAGCCGUGGUACUCAUCCUUUGGAAGAAUCCUCCGUCCUCCACGCGGAUUAUGAACAUCGUAGGAGGGACAUUUAUUUACAAAAUAUUUCAGGUGUCAGUUAGUUGGCUCGCAGUUAAUGCGCUUUUAUGGUUAUGGCUGAUCCUCCAAAGGAUACUUUAUUGCAGCGUCUGGCAUUAUUGGAGUUACGAAUCUGAAUAUCGUGAUAUUUCAUAUCCCUGGUGGCAACAUGUCUGGUCUUCAUACUAUCCUGUAUCCAUACAGCCACCGAUAAUGUCGGCCUGUUUUAUUAGUUGGAUUAUCACGAUGACAAUUGCGGUAAUUGCUUUGGGAUGUGCAAACUCUACAGAUCGCGUGGAAACGUUUGUUAAAGAAUCUUUAGUUAAAUUUUGGAAUGCGCUUGCAAUGGUUAAAUUAUGUAUGGAAUGGUCAGAGGACGGAGCGCAAGAGGAGAUACCCCUAACUACCGAAGCGAACGCGAUAUUGGACGAGGGCGAAAUGAGUAUAGUUUGCGACGACGACCGCUUAGAAAUGUCGAAUGAUAUAAACAACGCGCCGCGUGGGGAUAUACAUCCGAUUUCUUACGGAACGAAUUGGAUGCCGCAACCAAAUUUCUCUUCGUUCAAGGAAAUGCAGCGGAAAAUGUCAAUGAAAUCCUUUCAAACCGUGGCAGGCGCUAAUGACGUUCAGGAUCCUGAUAAAUUCGCGACUAAGCAAUUGCGAAACCGACGCGGCUGUCACACCGUGAUACCGAGCAAUUCCAACGAGCAAUCAAGCGAAUGUUGA